ACCCGAGCUUGUUCCGGAUAAACGGAAAGAGUAGUGGUUGUAGCAGUGCAGUGUAUUUACAUAUGAGAAUCAGCUGAAUAUACUCUUGACGUCCCUCAUCAGACUAGACGUGAUGCUAACAACGUCUGAACACUCGAGGAGAUCUUUUCCUUUAAAUCACAGCCCUGUUAGCGUCAGGGAAACAACAACAGAAUGUGUUUGUGAAAAGAAAAUUAGUAGGAUAGCAUCGUCUGAUGGCAGGAUGAGAACACCAUCGAAAGCUAAAUAUAGAUAUGUGAAGACCGUGAAGGUUCUCGUGAGCAACCCAAAACUUCAUAACUGCUCCCGCAGCAAGUUUGUUGACUAUGAGAUUAACAUAGAGACUAACAACAAGGCCUUCUUCAGUAAACGCUCUAGUGUUAGAAGAAGAUAUUCUGAUUUUUGCUGGCUUAGAGCAAAGCUUUCCAGCACAGAUAUCAGCGGAUUAGGAGGGGAAACAAGUAUUCCAACCCUACCUCCAAAGAGUUAUUUUAGCAGAUUUGAUAAAGGAGUGAUUGAUUCUAGGCGGAAAGGAUUUCAACAUUUCUUAAGCGAAAUCGUCAAGGUAAAUAAUUAUCUAUCAUUUGCUGGUCUUCACCUAUUCCUACAAACACAGCUCCCAAUACAAGAAAUUGAAGGCUUUCUAGAAGGAAAAUAUGGAGAGAAUGCCUCUGUUGAAGACUUAAUACACCCUACAACUCUUUCCAAUUUAAAUGAAGACAAAAAAACUUUAUAUGAAUGCUCAAAUGAAGACUGUACUUUGUUGACUUCCUCCAACUGGGACAUUCCUUCUACAGACAAUGCUUCAACUCAUUGUGGGUCAUAUGAAGUCAACUCUGACAGACUUCUCUCUGAUAGCUAUAGCACUUCUUCAGGGUAUCUGUCAAGCUCUGCAGAAAACAGCUCUUUCAUGUACACAAUGUACAGAUGACUCUGAAGCAAGAGUUUGAAUAUUUUGUUUGGUUUUUUGGGCUUUUUUUUACAAUAAUUUGGUCUGUGAUGUUUAUUUGCAAGGCACGUUAUAGGUCUUUAUUUGCAAGUCAACUCUGCAACUCUUCCAUGAGACAAGGGGUUUUACAUUGAAAUGUUAUUUUCAGUUAUUUAUUUUAACCAGCAAAGAUUAGUUGAGGUUUGUUGGUUUGUUUGACUACAAUCAAAGUUAAAAGCACAUUUUGGGUCUAGUGAUAAAGGAAAGGGUAUAGAGAAACCCACAUCAAUACAGUACUUCAUUAUUAUACUUUUUAUAAUUUAUUAUUAUUGUAAUGUAAUUUAUUAACAGUUUAUGUACAGAGAUGCAUAUCUAGAGAAUUUAGUUUAUUACUGUAUAUAUUCUAUAAUUGUGUUCGUGAUUAUAGAAAUGCAUGGGCUGUGUUUGGUGGAGGAUUGCAUCAUAUCUCACUAUUUUUACCUUGUUCGAGGUGAUUAUAGCAUAGGUGCUGAAUUUUAAAAUGGCUACCUCAUGUUUUGUCAAUGUUUCAGAGAAACAUAAAUACAAUUAAUCAAAAUUAUAACCAAUUGUGAGCAUCAGUUUCUUUAUUUACAGAAUUUACAACAGAGUCUGAAAGGACCUGAGCAAUUAUGCUUCAAGCUCAGUGAACAUGUUUUAAUAAUAUUCACUUCCUCUUUGGCAAAUAAUUGUGAAUUAAUUCAUUAUUCGUAGAGUAACCCUAGUGAAAAAUACUAGAGAAAAUUUAAUUUUGUUUAAAAGAAUUGCUAAUAGUGUACUGAUGGAAAGUUUCUGUACAAGUUCAAUGAAAAUUGUUUUUUUUAUGUAAAUGCAAAGGAAAUAUUUAAAACUUUAGUUCCCAGGUGAGGAAGAAUUCUACCUAUUGACUUGAAAUGGUGACAAUUUCAAUCAAAUGUACAUUCUUUCUCUUAAUUACUUCCACCUCACAUUUACAAUGAGUUAUAAUCAAGUCUUGUCAGUAUAUGGGAACAGGCUAAUGCAAACCUAAAGUGUACUUUCAUAUUUUAUUGCCAGCUAAGUGCAGGUCAUCCCAUUAUUUUUAGCUUUGAAAUUAAUUCUUAAUCUGGGACAUGGAGGAAAUAACACAAGACCUCUUUGUUACAUUUGAAAUAAAAGACACUGCUUCUGCUAAGAAUAACCUGUUAAAACAU